GAAUUUCCCCUUGCGCUGGAAAAAGCUGCCCCGCCUACCCCUCCUCCAUCUCUUUGCCCCCGCUCAAUUUUUUCCCACGACCCAACCCACCUUCUUCUGCAGCCGCCUCGUCGAGACAAUCUUUACCCUAUCUCUCAAGGUAUAAUACACCAGCCGUCAAGAUGAUUAUCUACAAGGACGUCAUCACCGAUGAUGAGAUCAUCUCGGACUCGUACGACAUGAAGGAGGUCGAUGGUGUCGCCUACGAGGUCGACUGCGCUAUGAUCACCGAGGGCGCCGUUAACGUUGACACCGGCGCCAACGCGUCCGCGGAGGAGGCUGAUGAAGCCCUCGACGACGCUGAAGUCAAGGUCAACAACGUUGUCAAUUCCUUCCGUCUCCAGAGCACGUCAUUCGACAAAAAGUCGUAUUUGACCUACCUGAAGGGCUACAUGAAGGCUGUCAAGGGAAAGCUCCAGGAGGCCGGGAAGUCGGAGGAGGAGGUCAAGGACUUCGAGACCAAGGCCGGAGCUUUCGCCAAGAAGAUCCUCGGCAGCUUCAAGGACUACGAGUUCUACACCGGCGAGUCUAUGAACCCGGAUGGGAUGGUCGUCCUCCUCAACUACCGCGAGGAUGGCGUCACCCCUUACAUUAUUGCGUGGAAGCACGGUCUCAAGGAGAUGAAGGUUUAAGGAACUGGGAUUGUGCCCGUCUAUACACUCAGUCGCAAAAGGCUCAAUGCCCCAUCCCCGUCCCUCUUGGCAUAUUCAGACGUACAACACAGUCGUGCGUUCUAUAGUCCCACGUAGACUGUAGCCUGACCAGUGCCCGACAAAAGACGCGUCGACCCCCUCCGCCCAUAUCUGGUUCCAUUUGUUGUAAAGUUCGCAAUGUGCAAUGCCGUGCCGGAGUGAACGUCAAAGUCAUGGGGCACACUUCCCUCAACUUCCGCCCAGAGCCCACUAAAACCGCGGCUUCGUCGCCAUAGGAAUCGGCGGCGGCUCAUCAUUCUCACCACCCUGUUCCUGUCCCUGCCCCACCCCUACCGCUCCCCCCGACAAACCAGGCUUCUUCUUCGGCGGCGGCGGCGGAGGCGGUUUCUUCUUGCCCGCCAGCGCCGCGAUACCACUACCCACCGCCCCAACCCCCAUCAUCCCACUCCCACCUCCA